AGAUAUAUAAGCAAGCACAACAGCACCGAAGCCACCCACUUUUAUCGUUUACAUCCUAACCGCUGCCCCUGCGCACUUCAUUCCUUACGCGCAUUCUCCUUCACAUAUUCCUCUCUAGCGCAUCUCCCUGCGACAGUGCGUCGCGCCAGCAACGAUGCGUCGUGUUCUGCUCGACCCCCCGCACCCGACCAACUUCGUGGAGCACAUUUACAUUACCUUGAAGGAUGGCAUUCGUCUCGCUGCCCGGCUCUUCAUGCCGAGGGACGCGUCGUCCGAACACCGCUACCCGGCCAUCUUGGAGUACAUCCCCUACGGCAAGUGCAGCGGCACUCGUGCGCGGGAUGAGCCGAUGCACGGCUUCUUCGCCGGCCAGGGCUACGUCUCGGUUCGCGUGGACAUGCGCGGCUCCGGGGAAUCGGAUGGCCUACUGUUCGAUGAGUACCUGAAGCAGGAGCAGGACGACGCGCUGGAGGUGAUUGACUGGAUCAGCAAGCAGCCGUGGUGCACUGGCGAUGUGGGCAUGAUGGGCAAGUCGUGGAGCGGCUUCAACUCACUGCAGGUGGCGGCGCGCCGUCCGCCGGCGUUGCGGGCGAUCAUCGUGCUCGGCUUCACCGACAACCGCUUCACCGACGACAUCCACUGGAAGGGCGGCUGCCUGCUGAACGACAACUUUUGGUGGGGCUGCAUCAUGCAGGGCCUCCAGUGUUACCCCCCGAACGCGGACCUUGUGGGUGACGGGUGGAAGGACAUGUGGCUGGAGCGGCUGGACAAGAUGCCGCUGAACGCCGCGGACUGGACGGCGCACCAGACGUACGACGACUACUGGAGGCACGGCUCGGUGCAGGAGGACUACAGCGCGAUUCAGGUGCCGGUGUUGCUGGUGGACGGGUGGGCCGACUCCUACACCAACGCGCUUUUCCACCUACUGGAGCGCCUGCACGUGCCGUGCAAGGCGAUCUGCGGCCCGUGGGUGCAUGCGUACCCCCAAGACGGCACCCCGCUGCCCCGGAUGAACUUCCUGCGUGCCGCAAAGGACUGGUGGGACUGUUGGAUGAAGGGGAUGACAGAGAACGACGUCGCGCGCUGGCCGAUGCUGCAGGCCUACAUUGAGGACGCACAGCCCCCGUGCACGAGCAAGCCCGUCGCGCCAGGCAAGUGGGUGGCGAUGGACCGGUGGGUGAAUGCGGACGUGCCGACGGUGUGCUACGGCCUCGGUGCUGGCCGUCUGCUCCAGGCGGUGGAGGGCAACGGGUCGGGGAUCGAGGCGGUGGCCGACGUCGUUGUGCACACCCCUCUCAACCACGGCCUUCUCUCGGGCGAGUGGAUGGGGGCUGGUGUGAUGGGGGAGACGGCUGGCGAUCAGCGCAUGGACAACGGUAUGGCGGUCACCUACUUCUCGGCCCCGCUGACGGCGGAGAUGAACAUUCUCGGCCAGCCGACCUUCGUCGUCUCUGUUACGUGCGACAAGCCCAAGGCGUUUCUCUUUGCGCAGCUCUGCGACGUUGCGCCGGAUGGCGCGGCGACUCGCAUCACCUAUGGCAUGAAGAACCUUGUGCACUGUGGCCCGCGUGGGGACGGCGCGGUUGCGCUGCUCACACCCGGGACGGCGGUGCAGGCGACGGUGCAGAUGGACUUCUGCGGCUACUGCGUGCCCGCCGGCCACUGCCUCUCGCUCUCCGUUGCGAACAACUACUGGCCGAUGGUGUGGUGCUCGCCGGAGGACGCGACGCUGCGUAUCGACGCGGUCAGCGCGACGCUGCGCGUGCCGGUGCUGGCGCAGGAGGCGCGGGUGGUUCCCGGGCCGGACCCGAGUCCCGAGGCGGCCGCCUUCACGCCCAUCACCACGCUCGUGCCGGGCCGCGUGGACCGCUCCGUUUCGUACGACAUCGUCCGCGACUCGUGGACCUGUGUGACGGAUGGCGUGGGCGGCGUCUUUGGCGAGGGCAUCUACCGCUUUGAUGAUAUCGACACGACGAUGGAGCACAACCUGCGCCGCGAGCUGACUCUGUGCAACCGCGACCCCCUCUCGGCCCACUACAGCAUCACGCAGAAGUUCAAAGUGAGUCGCCCGCGCUGCGUGAUUGAUGUGGACAUCACAAGCUCGCAGCACUCCGAUGCCGAUUACAUGUACCUCCGCUCCAACAUGAGGGCGAUGUACAAUGACGAGGAGGUCUUUGAAAAGAAUUUCUUCCGCCGCGUGCGCCGCGAAGCCAUUUAA